GGGGGGGGAUAUGAAAACUUUAAGCGCGCGCGCGCGCCCAAAGCCAUAACUUAAGGCAGUAGCCCGCAAAAGGGGUCUCGAGAAAGGGGAAGACAUUUCCCCCCCCCCCAAAAAAAAAGUCAACAGAGGGGUUGAAAAAUGUGCAUCUUUCUGUGGAGAAUGCUUGUUAUGGGUUAGCAGAGACUUGAUCAGGGUUAUCGUGCCAGUUUGAAAGGAAGGGGAGAAUCAGGUUGGGAUGAAUGACGUUGGGAAAGAAGUGGGGGGUGGGAGAGCGAUAGAAAAGGCAGGAUGGUGCGCAGUCAAAGCUAUUGGCCGCUGAUUGUGAUCAAUCAUUCCGAGCCCUGGCAAGAGGGAAUGGGAGAGGGAGAGAGGAACCAGCCCCAAACACCCUGCGAGGAUUCAGAGGAGUGCAGCCACCUAUCCGGGAAAGAAGGGGGGAGAAAGUCCACCCAGCGCUGCUUAGAUGGGCAUGGAGUGACGGCCACCAAGAGAAUUCUGCAGAGUUCAUGAGGACAUCUUUGGCUUCCGACAUUGGCUGAAACACAAUGCUCAUUCCUGUAUUUUGCUCUGGAAAGUUGUAACUCGCUCAUGUCUAUAAAGAGGAAGCAUGGCACAUGGAAUUCCUUCACAAGGCAAAGUUUCCAUUUCUGUGGAUGAAUACAGCUCAAAUCCAACCCAGGCAUUCACACACUACAAUAUUAACCAAAGCCGAUUCCAGCCUCCACACGUACACAUGGUCGACCCUAUUCCAUACGACACCCCGAAACCAGCAGGCCACACACGGUUUGUCUGCAUCUCAGAUACACACUCCAGAACAGAUGGAGUCCAGAUGCCUUAUGGGGACAUCUUGCUUCAUACAGGCGAUUUUACCGAGUUGGGACUACCCUCUGAGGUCAAGAAGUUUAAUGAUUGGUUAGGAAACUUGCCAUAUGAUUACAAAAUAGUGAUUGCUGGGAAUCAUGAACUAACAUUUGAUAAGGAAUUCAUGGCAGACCUUGUAAAACAGGAUUACUACCGCUUUCCUUCUGUAUCCAAAUUGAAACCAGAGGACUUUGACAAUGUUCAGUCACUUUUGACAAACAGUAUUUACUUGCAAGAUUCUGAGGUAACCGUCAAAGGAUUCCGAAUAUAUGGCGCCCCUUGGACACCAUGGUUUAAUGGAUGGGGUUUUAAUCUACCCAGAGGUCAAUCUUUGUUGGACAAGUGGAACCUUAUUCCUGAAGGCAUAGAUAUACUAAUGACCCAUGGGCCUCCUCUUGGGUUCCGAGACUGGGUUCCAAAGGAGCUGCAGAGGGUUGGCUGUGUGGAAUUGCUAAACACUGUACAAAGGCGAGUAAGACCCAAACUCCACGUCUUUGGAGGUAUCCAUGAAGGUUAUGGCAUUAUGACAGAUGGUUACACAACAUACAUUAAUGCCUCAACGUGUACAGUCAGCUUUCAGCCAACCAACCCACCAAUUAUAUUUGACCUGCCAACGCCACAAGGAUCAUGAAAGACCGCUACUCCACUGGGGAAGGUCUAUAAACUGCCAUUUUUCUAAUUACAAAAUGUUCAUUCUCUUAACAUGUUUCUUUACAAAUAAUGUAGGGCUUUUUUGUAAAUUGUUGUUACAGAGAAAAAAAAGAUAGGGGUUGUGCUUUUUCUUUUCUCUCUCUCUCUCUCGCUCUCUUUUGGAAAUGCAGUAUCCAUUUGAAAAUUGAUAAAACAUUGUGAAUUUGUAAAAUGAAGUUUUAUGUUCUCUUAAUUAACUUGCCAUUGUAAAUUGUUAGUGUUCUCAAAAGGACAGCCAAGCUUUCUUUUAAUGAGUGAGACACCUUAUUUUAAUAUUAUUAAAUAAGAUUAUAAAAGGCAUUGUUUAAAAAAAAAAACAGAUCCAAAUUUGCACAACUUUUAUUGUUUUAUUGGGGGGGGGAUUUCCAAUGAUAAAAUGCCAUUCUUUCCUCAUUUUUAUUAGCAUGUAUAUGUUCCAUGAAUCAGAGGUUGGAAUAUGUCCCUGUGCAAAUGCACAUCACAAUUCAAUAUUCAAUGAAGUGUGUUGAAAACUUCUGGAAUUGAUGGUUCUAGAUAUACUUACAUCUGUGCUAGGCUGUGGUCACGGAGUUAUUAAACUGGAUGUGGAUUCUCCAUUCAUUUCAGUGAAUCAUCUCCCUUUCUUGAAAAAAAUUCUUGAUCUGGAAGAAUCUUUACCCAUCAGAGCUCUUGUGUCCACAGCUGACUGCUGGAUCAGGGAUCAGUUUUUUGAUUGAUACAUAUGCGUUCUAUGAAAUUCUGCUUAUUAAUGGUAUUGCAGUAGUGAGGGGAAAAUAGCUUUCUAGGUUUAGUUUGUCUGCCUGCUUUAAUGAUCCGUUAGAUAGCAACAUCCUGUAUAUGAUUAUCUAAAUUGUCCCAAUUUGGGUGAGUUUCUUAAAUUAUUUUAGUUUUAAAAAAUAUGGGAAUGAAAACUGCAAUGAGCAGGUGUUCCAUGCAGUAAAAACAUGUAAAUGUGGACUCCUUUUAAAUAUGGAUUUUUAUAUAUAUUUUUUGUGCAUUAUAACAAAGCAAGGCAUUUAAUAUUGCCAGCAUAGCAUCUCCAAAAUUAUGCUGUAUAGCACAUCUAAAUUAUGAAGGAUGUGAUACAUUUUUUCCAAUCGCUCAAGACCUUCAAGAGCUUGAGUUUAAAAUCUUUGUGCAGUUUUGGGCAUGUAUAGAAUCAAAUAAAUACAAUCAAGCCUAACUAAAAUAAGGCUUUGUUGUCCUUUAUAUUUAAAAUAUUAUUGAAUUGUCUUUCCAUUUCUUUUUUUCUUAUUUUGCACUGUGUGUAAAUGCAAUCUUGCUAGCACAAAAUAUUGUUGCAGAUAGUUACUUCUGUUCUAUCACUGUAAAUGCUAUUGAGCUUUCUUCUGUUUUAUGUUAUCUUCAUGGAAUUUAGGAAAGCAGGUGUUUCUUUAAAUUUAUUGCGAUAUUAUAUAUCUAGCGGCCUUUAUAUGCAAAUAAAAUUGCAAGAUUUUUAAAUA